UUGUAGUUGAAUUAUUACAAGAAUUUUUAUCCAAAAAUCUCAUAGUUUUUCGUGUAAUGAUUCAUAUAGCUGACUUCAACUUUCUUGAUGUUUAGCUGAAGUCCUAUCUCGUGACGAUUAAUAACAUAGCUUACUUUUAACUUUCUUGAAUUUUUAGCUAAUUAAAAGCCUUUUCUUCUUGACGAUGAUUUACAUAGCCGUCUCCAACUUUCUUGGGAUUGAAGCAUGACUCCAACUUUCUUGUAAUCGAGUCAUACUUCCAACUUUCUUGGAAUUGAGGCGUAAUUGUUUGUGACGACGAUUCACAUACCUGACUCCUACUUUCUUGGAAUUGAGGUGCGACUCCAACUCUCUUGGAAUCGAGUCAUAGUUCCAACUUUGUUGGAAUUGAGGCGUAAUUGUUUCUGACGAUUCACAUAGCUGACUCCAACUUUCUUUGAAUUGAGGCGCGAUUUCCAACUUUCUUGGAGUCAGAGUCCUACUUCCAACUUUCUUGGAAUCGAGGGUAUAAUUGGUUGUGACGAUUCACAUAGCUGACUCCAACUUUAUUGGAAUUGAGGUGCGACUCCAACUUUCUUGGAAUCGAGUCAUAGUUCCAACUUUCUUGGAAUCGAGGGCAUAAUUGUUUGUGCGAUUCACAUAGCUGACUCCAACUUUCUUGGAAUUGAGGCGCGACUCCAACUUUCUUGGAAUCGAGUCAUAGUUCCAACUUUCUUGGAAUCGAGGACAUAAUUGUUUGUGACGAUUCACAUAGCUGACUCCAACUUUCUUGGAAUUGAGGUGCGAAUUCCAACUUUCUUGGAAUUAAGGCGCGAAUUCCAACUUUCUUGGAUUCGAGUCAUACUUCAAACUUUCUUGGAAUCGAGACGUAAUUGUUAUUAAAUGGAUAUGAUUUUACAAGAAGAUGAUGGUAUUUUAGUGCAACCUACAAAUUUCUCAGCAGUGGAAGAUAACUGCAUUUAUAGAUGUGGUUUCCCUCAGCCCUCCAAUUUCCCAUUUUUGCAAUCACUCAAUCUCAACUCUAUCAUAUGUUUGAGUUUAGAGCCUUAUCCUGAAGAAAACUUGGAGUUUCUUAAAUUUAACAAAGUAAAGCUUUUCCAAUUUGGAAUGGAUGGUACUAAGGAGCCAUCGACUAUGUCAAGGAGUGCUAUAACGGAGGCUUUGAAAGUGCUAACGGAUAUUAGAAAUCAUCCGGUUCUAAUCCACUGCAAGCGCGGAAAGCAUCGAACAGGCCUCGUUGUUGGUUGCCUAAGGAAAUGGCAGAGUUGGUGUUUGUCUUCUGUGAUGGAUGAGUACAAGCAAUUUGCUGGCGCGAAAUGGAGGGAAACAGAUGGGAGAUUUCUCGAGACUUUUGAUGUUUCGUGCAUAAGGCAUUGCCUCGAGAGCAUUAUCUACACGAACUAUGGUUCAACGAAAAGAUGUUUGCUAUGUAUAGAAGAAAUUCUGCAGAAACCUCCGAUGACUUCUGUUCUGUAGAGCGCUCUACAUCCUUGUUUUUUGCAUGAAUCGAAUACUCUUUUUCUCGUUUUGUUGUAAAAAUCCGUUCCAUGUG